AGUUUCGCUUCGGAUAUGUUUUACAUUUUAUGUCUCAUUUAAACGGGAAUUACAUGUAACUGUUGCAUCACGGUGAACGUAAAUUGUCUUCAAACGUUCCCUUAUUUUGAUUCACGGUUAUCAUCAAGUCGUACACACAUUAGUAACGUUUUAAUUACUGGAUCACUUCCUUUCAAUUGCCUGAGCAAUGACAGAGCCAGUUUCUGCUCUUUCUAAUGACAAGAAAAUCCACCCUCACUUAGAGGGAGGGAUUGUCCACGGAAAUUGUGAAUCCUAUCAGAGGAAAGAUGCAACAAUAGCAACAGAUCGGGAUGAAGAGAUGAGGCAAUCCCAGAAAGUUCUGUGUAUCAAGGUUUCAGGUUUUCCCAUAGUCCAGACUGAUUCUAACAGCACACUGUGUCAAGUACCGACUUGUAAAUGUUGUAGCAAGAAUUGUCCCACUUCCUCUGAUGAAGAAAACGGCUCAGUCACAAAAACUCAGGAGAUAGAAGAAGACAGUCAAGGCACCCCAAUAUUAGGCAAACUCAGCUUUGUCCUUUCGCCAAUGCCAGUCAUUCCAAAGCGCGGAUGUAUGAACACUUCCGGUUAUAUCAAACUUAUGACAAAACUACUCGAUCUACGAAGAGAAGGGAACUUUGUGGUACAUGAGCAAAUAAUACGAGAAAAAUUGGCAAAAAAAUGGCCCGAAGAACCCGUCGACGUUGACAUGGAAGCAAGUUUAGAGAAUGCGCGCGCAAAGGCUUUUUAUUACCAGAACGAUGUGUCAGGUGCCAAAAGAAUACUAAAACGUGUACUUAAACUGGAGCUGCAGUUGAAAAACCCGGGGAUUCUUAUUGGACGAGCCUUAACUCUUUUGACACCGGUAUACAGGGACCAGGGCAAAUUUGGAAAAGCUAUGAGAUGCAAGGAAAAAGCACAAAAAGUUCUUGAACUUCAGGAUUCUCAAGAAGAUAAAGCAGAACUGUACCAGAGUUAUGGUGCGCUGCUAAACUCUUUACCUCCAUCGAUUAUAACUCGGAAAACCCGAAAAGCUGAAGCAUACCAAUCUUAUGAACUGGCUUGUAGGUACUCUUUUAGUAACCGCGGAAGAGAAUACAUAAGCGUCAAAAUGGCAGCUCUGUUCCUAGAGUCCUGCUCUCAGGCAGCGAACAACAACACCCACAUCUGCAGGGAGGAAGUUAGGGAAGCAAAAAGGCUCCUUGAUUUAGCUGAAUUUUGUGAUGGUACCAUGCCGUUAGGGACAAAAAUAAAGCAUCUUCUUUUGCGUUCUGAUCAGUACUGCUUUGAUCAAAACAUUGCUAUGGCUAUUGAGAAGGCUGAAGAAGCGAUGGAGCUCAUCAAGAGACAUGGGUUUGAGCUGGAACGUGAUUCUGCUAAGAAGCGCCUUAGCCGCUUGUAAGAUUUGCAAAGGCAAGAAAAAAAGGAACUGUUUAGUAGCGAAUUAUGUUCAAGUAGUGAAUAUCAACCUGAUAGCGAGGGUGACAGCUCAUGUCUGGAGUAAUAAACACCAGCAAUGUCGAGACCACAGCUGAGAGAGUGUGGUGAUUUAGGUCUUGAUGUUGACUCAUGUGAAUUUCAGUAUUCACAUGAACUGUUUUAGAGAGGAUCUUGCUUAAGUGGUGGCAUUUACGACAGAUAGUUAAAAUUUUGGCCAUUUUACAGCUAACGGAUAACUUCCUUCAGAAUCUGUCACCAUUGUCUGUUAAUGAUUAAUUUUCAUCGUUUUAAAAUGCAUUUUUUAGCUCGCUUUUACCAUGCGGUAGAGUCAAGUAACAAGGGUUAUUCCAGAUCGAGCUGUUGUUGGGUUAAUAUCAGAAGAGUAAUUUUCUUUUUUCCUACAUUAGCCAAAAUUCACAAGCCAAGACCACAUAACAGUCUAAGAAUCUGAUACUUUUAAAAUCACACAUCGUAUAUAAGAAAAGGUUUCACCGUUCACUUUUUUAUUUAAGACUAAGUAAGUAAGUAUAACUUUAUUUAAACACGAAACAUUGAUGAGCAAAAAGAUGCUCGUUACAAAAAUGUACGUGUAUACUAACUAAUAUAACUAGAAACUAUAAUAUGAUAGAUGAAUAAAUAUCCAUCAAAAAAUAUUAUAAAAAUACAUGCUAUAUGCCCGAAAUAUACAAGCUAAAAAUAUUGCAGAUUAAGGGCUAAUAAUAUCUAUUAUUGAAAUAACGCAGAAGCCGUGAAUCAAGCGCAGAAGGUGCAUUUGCAAUUAACAUCGGUAUCCAAAUUUAACUUAGUUAACUGAUUUCUAAAGAUAGUAACGUUUAAAAUGCGUCAUUUAUGUUUUACGCUUGACGGCUAAACGUUUUCGCCGUUUUACGGCGCUAACCGGUUAACCCCAUUGAGUCCUACUUGACAGGGUUAGAUGAUAAUCAGUUUGACUGAUGUAGUUUCUGAUCUUACCAAUCAUUGUUCUUCAAACCAAAAUAACCAAAUUCGCAAUGACUCCCAGAUCACCAACAGCUUGUGAAGGUGCAGUAUUUCUCAUUGUUAAAAUUAAGUCCAAGAAUUUGCUGGUGAUUCUUUGAAUCUUUGAACUUUUGGUUUGUGCGAGUUGCAAGCAAGUCUAGUUCGUACACCAGAUGAGGAUGUCUAUGGUGCACGCCGAAGUUUGACAGAUCAGUACAGAACGAUCAUUCUUAAGGGUAAAUAAAAAACGUUCAGCUGUUUAUCAUCAGCAAAAAUCAUACAUCUUAAACCAUGGACACGACUGACUGUGUAAAUAUAACAGUUUGAAUCUUGGAAUAAAGAGUUGAGUUUUAUCUUACA